UUUCCAGUUUCUUGUUGGAUGUUUACUCUAUAUUGACUAUAGCUAGAGUGUUCAUAUACACCAAUGUCGGAAUAAUUUUAAACUAGAAAACAGGUGCGGCGAUAUGGAGACGAUUAGUGGGAGUGAAUUAGACUAUGUUCAACGGUUCGCCCUUGGCUCCCCCUCCCCUACCACUGUAGCUGUUUUAGGGGUUACAGUGCGCCCCUAUUCUCUUCACCGGCUUCCUCCUCCUCCUCCUCUCCCCUCCCGAUUCCUUCUCUCUCCCGCUAAAUGGAUGGACACGCUACUGCGCCGGAUUUCUCCCCAGCCGGUUCCUUCGGCCACGCGACCGCGCGCUCGGAAAACUCCACGGACAGCGAAGGAGGCGAACCAAGGGCGACGUAUUCGCCGCCGGAGAAGGUAAGUGUCGAUCCGCCGUGUCCCGCGAUUCGUUUGUCUUGCUCCGAGCGGCGAACAGCAGUGGGGGUCGUCCUCGCGGAUCCGUCUUCAAGCUUUCGCGGAUCCGCCUUCAAGCUUCGCGGAUCCCACACGAAACCUCCGAGUUCUCUCGCCAAUUCGAUCCGCCUCACCGCCGCCGCCCGUCCGCCGGUCGGCCUUGACUGCUCCGUCGCACGUGGCGGUUCGCAGCACGGAAUCUACCUUGUGUUGACAGAUCCGGGGAAACCCUUGUUCCCGGUCGUUCCGGCUCGAAUCUUCUGCGGACUGGCAAUGUAAGCGUUCUCCAUUGGAGGGCGACGAUCUACGGGGCGGUUGUUGGCAGGGUUGCGGGAAUGGAGCACGUGUUCGGAGGGAAGUUUAAGCUUGGGAAGAAGAUCGGGAGCGGAUCUUUCGGCGAGCUCUAUCUCGGCGUCAACAUACACAGCGGCGAGGAGGUGGCUAUCAAGUUGUUAUUAGAUAAUCUGAUACUGUUCGUGCACCAUUUUUCUCUGUCGUGGAGUUAUAUGCCUGGCAUUCGGCAUGAGUUUGUUCCAUAUGCAAACAUAUCAUGGUCAACCAUUGCUAGCAACGGUUUCGUGAAGAAUUUGUGUGUAGAUUAUGGGAUGACAGAAAAUGGAUGAUGUUCUGCAUGUAAUUGCUUUAAAAAAGACUGGCAUGGUCCCGAGCUAUAUUUUUACAUGAGUAAUAACAAGAUUUUCAAACCUUUUCUUGGUUGUCCAUGCGAA